ACACCUCGCUCGAGCCGCGCUCGCCUCACGCCGCUGGCGCGACAUAGCCUCAAGCUCCCCCUUCCUGCGCCGCUUUCGCGAGCUCCACCCCCGGUCACCCAUCCUCGGCCUCUUCGCCUCGCAGCCAGACCUCCAGCAGCUCCCCAUCUUCCACCCCGCGGCCGCCGUCCGCUCCGACCCGGACCUCGUAGCCGCCGCGCGCGGGGGCGACUUCCUGCUCACCCGCCUCGAGGACGACACGGCGUGGCGCUUCCGGGACUGCCGCAACGGGUGCCUCCUCCUCUGCAGAGGCGACUCCGUCUCCCUCUACGACCCCGUCUCCCACCGGCACGUCGCCGUGCCCCGUCCACGGAACGACGAACCACUCCUCCCUGUACUACCACCCGGAGCAGCGGAGUACAUAUGGGACUGCUUGAUGGACGGCCAUGGAGAAUUCCGCGUGGUCACCGUGCAGCGAGAGGGCCAAAGGUUGCGCGGCAUGGAGUACGCCUCCCGCACGGCCGAGUGGCGCAUCCACCCGUGGGUGGACGGCAUCCGCAUGCCUGCACAUGCGCAGAGCAUGUGACCGAUGCUCGCUGCUGCGGCCGGGCUCAUCUUCUGGAGAUAUGACCGGAACUCCUCGCUCCUGCUCGACACCAGCACCAUGGCAUUCUCCAUCGUCCCUCUGCCAGUUACAAUAACGACGCACACGAUGAUGCCGCCGGGAGCAUACGCCAUCGGAGACACCGAGGCCGGUGUGUGUUGCCUUUUGCUUAUGGUCGGCAGGACUACGCUGCAAGUGUGGCUACUCAAGAAGAAGGACGGCGGUGGCGGGCAUGCGUGGGAGUUGGAGAAGCAAAGCCAUAUCGGCUGGCUGGACAGCUUCAACCGGCGGUUCGGCGUUCAUAUGGUGGCUGCUGGGCUGGCAAUUGUUUACUGUAUGAGUUGCAAAUUUUCUCACUUUGUCAUUGAUCUCAAGGACCUGAGCCUCAUGGAUAAGUUCCGUUGUCAUCGAACCAUGGCGUAUACCCUUUCCAAAUGCCAUGGCCACCUGCUGCGUUGGUGCCUACUUCUCCGUGUGAUCGACCCACCACACCCCAAACAUAUGCUUGCGGAGAUGCUCAAAAUCAACACGAAGCACCCUCUUCUAGUAGGAAGCGCAAGAGCAAUGAUGAAGUGGAGCCAUGUAUUCUCGUAGCUUCUUUGAAGAAGGAAUUUGUCGGAUAAGAAAUUUUGCUAUGAGAUUGGACCGCCGACUUGAAUAAAGAAGGCAAUCAACACUUGUGCGUUUAAACCGCCCCUUGUGAGCAAAAUAUUCCCCGGCUAUCCUUGAUAUGUGCAAGUUGGAAAUACG